CUGUACUGUACUUCAGUCUCAUCGGAAAAGGGCAGACAUUAGGACCCUGAGACGUGAGUGCGGGUUGGGCUUCCGGGCUUCCCUCGCUCGCUCACGCGCUGUCCAUCCAUCCAACCAUCCAUUGAUUCAAUAUAUUUGACACAUUUCACGCUCGCUGGCCGCAGACGAACCGCGGCAAGCUGAUGGAACUCUUCUCGAACCUCUUUAAAGUUUCUUUGGACCAACUUCGUCGUCUUCAGGACAACUCAAACAUGUCGAAGCAACUAACUCGAACCGCUUUUGGGCUCGUUUUGUAGCAACCUUUGGCUCUCCGAUCGUCACCGAAAGUUGGUUUGGGUUUAAAACAGCGCACGACAUGUCGCUGAGCAGGAGCAUCGAAUUCAAGCACUUUGAGGAGCGCGACAGCAAGCAGCAUCGGAUGCCGAGGGCUGCGGGCUUCCACGCCGCCGGCGCAGGGUCCUCCCGGGGCGCGGGACUGACGGCCAGCCCGGCUCACAGCGCUCACUGCAGCUUCUACCGGACUCGAACCCUGCAGUCGCUCACGUCGGAGAAGAAGGCCAGGAAAGUGCGCUUCUACCGAAACGGGGACAAGUACUUUAAGGGCCUGGUGUACGCGGUGUCGUCCGACCGCUUCCGCUCCAUGGACGCGCUGCUCAUGGAGCUGACGCGCUCGCUGUCGGACAACGUCAACCUGCCGCAGGGGGUCCGGACCCUGUACGCCCUGGACGGGGGCAGGAAGAUCAGCAGCCUCGACGAGCUGGUGGAGGGAGAAAGCUACGUGUGCGCCUCCAACGAGCCCUUCCGCCGCGUGGACUACGCCAAGAACGUCAACCCUAACUGGGCCGUGGGCAGCAAGACGGGCACGUCGCGCUCCCUGUCGUCGCUGGUGGCGCCCAGGGGCGAGCAGCAGCAGCAGCGCCAGCCCAAAGACUUCAUCAAGCCCAAACUGGUGACGGUGGUGCGCAGCGGCGUCAAACCGCGCAAGGCCGUGCGCGUCCUGCUCAACAGGAAGACGGCGCACUCCUUUGAGCAGGUGCUCGCCGACAUCACAGACGCCGUCAAGCUGGACUCGGGUGCCGUGAAGAGGCUCUACACGCUACAAGGCAAGCAAAUCACGUGCUUGCAGGAUUUCUUCGGCGACGACGACGUGUUCAUCGCGUGCGGCCCGGAGAAGUACCGCUACGCCCACGACGACUUUGCGUUGGAUCACAGCGGUAAGGCUUCCGCAGCCUUUGUGACGGAGUGCAAAGUGCUGAAGUCGUCACACGGUCGUUCGGUCACCACCAACCGGACGAGCAAGAGUCCUGGACCUUCGCGACGCAGCAAGUCUCCUGGCGGAGCGAGGCGUGCAACCCGCUACUCCACCGCUCAGUGUCCUUCUAAAUCUCCGGUAAACGGUCACGUCGCCACGUCGAGGUCCGCCAAGUCGUCCACGCCGUCGCCCACCAGCCCGCAAAGCCUCCCCGCUCUCAAGACGGCUCCUUCACAUCACAGCUCCAAUUCAAACGUCAGCGGCUCGCUCAACGACCACCAGGGGGAGACAACCAGUCCAGAGGUUAACGGUCACCAUAGCGACCAGACCUCCUCCGUCGUCCUGGAGAAAUACGUCAUCGGGAAAGUCAUCGGAGACGGCAACUUUGCUGUGGUGAGAGAGUGCGUCGAGAGGGCCACGGGAAGAGAGUUUGCCCUGAAAAUCAUCGACAAGGCCAAGUGCCGCGACAAGGAGCACCUGAUCGAGAAUGAGGUGUCCGUGCUGAGGCGGGUGAAGCACCCCAACAUCAUCAUGCUGGUGGAGGAGGUGGACACGCCCUCGCAGUUGUGUCUCGUCAUGGAGCUGGUCAAGGGCGGCGACUUAUUCGACGCCAUCACGUCGUCCGCCAAAUACACGGAGAGGAGCGCCGGCGUCAUGGUGCGCAACUUGGCCGCCGCCUUGCGUUACCUUCACGACAUGAACAUCGUCCACAGAGACAUCAAGCCGGAAAACCUACUGGUGUUGGAAAAUCCCGACGGCACCAAGUCGCUCAAGCUCGGCGACUUUGGCCUGGCGACGGUGGCGGAAGGACCUUUGUACACCGUGUGCGGAACGCCCACGUACGUGGCGCCGGAAAUCAUUACGGAGUCGGGUUACGGCGUCAAGGUGGACAUCUGGGCCGCGGGCGUCAUCGCAUACGUCCUGCUGUGUGGCUUCCCUCCAUUUCGAAGUGAGAGCAACCAGCAGGAGGAGCUGUUUGAGCAAAUUCUACUGGGCCGGGUGGACUAUCCCAGUCCUUACUGGGACGACAUCAGCGACUCCGCCAAGGAGCUGAUUGGCAAGAUGCUGCUGGUCAACGCGGAGGCUCGCUACUCGGCGCGGGACGUCCAGGCGCACCCUUGGGUGACGGUAUCUCACUCGCUCGAGGACGUCAACAAGGCCGAGAAUAACAUGAAGGCCGAGGUGGCGGGGAAGCUGAGGACGCACUUCGGCUCGACGGCCAAGCAAGGCGACGCCACGGCGGCCGUCUCGCUCAUUAUGAAGACGGCCCUUGAUAAGGAGACCCUCCAGCUCGCCGCCCAGCCGCCGCCAUCACCGGACCCCCCCAAAUCCCCGGACGCUUCUCCAAGUGCCCCGACUUCUUCGUCGUCGCCGACGACCCCCGACUGUCCCGUCAAGCACGUGGUCUUCCUGCCGCUCUCGUUCCCCUCGCCGCCGUCCACGCCGCCCUUAUCCUCCGCCUCGCCCCCGUCGCCGCCCGGCUUCGGCGCCAUCGAGGGGACGGGGGUCGCCCAGGAGCUCAUGGAGGGGGUUUGAAACACGACAUGGCAAGGUCUGACACUGAGCCAAACGAGACUUGUUUGUAUUUAUUGAGGAAGGACUCAAGUGGAGUGAAUGUUGCUUUUAUCAGUCUUGUCAAGCAGAAUUCAUUUUAAUUGACGACACAUUUCAGAUUGUGCUUUGGAAUUGCGAGACUGUGCAUUUGUACUGACUGUACAUUGCCUCGCUUCAGUCAGACAACCGCAUACCCAAAUCGAUGAUGUCAUAGGAUUUAUUUAGACUCUUAACUAUUGACUUGAAGAAGUGGAAUUUAUUUUUUCAUAAAUCAGCAGUAAUUUACCGCUUACAAUAAAUAAAUAAAAUUAUCUCCCAUUUAUUUUGCAGUAUUGUAUGCGGAAAUUUAAGGGACUAUUUUUUUUUCAUAAUUCCAUUUUGAAAUACGGCUGGAACCAAAUCCUGAAUACUUUAUUCAUAAUUUCGUUAGUACCCCGAUUGGCCACAAGAGGGCAACAAGCGUCUUUCUCCACUCACACACUUCAGUCUCCUCGUCGAACCAAACUAUUGGCCAAUGACCCGAACUCCUAUUUCAUCACAUUCUGACAACUUCUUCACAACCGCCUCACAUUUUAUUUCCAAGCACAAAGAGAAACCUAUAUUAGCGUUUUGCUUUACUGUGAAUCACUGAACUUAUUUUUAGCUGUAUAAUUAAAUACAAUGCAUCUUUAGUGAUAUCGCGCCGUCACAAUAGCUGCAGCCGUAACAAAGCGCUUUACGGGACAUUUAACAGAAAAUAACGAUAUAAGUCCAGUGUUGUUUCUGAGAACUGCUCCUCGCCUGCCUCGCAAGGUCAAAAAUGUGCUGGAUGAAUUGAGACGCGCUUGCAGAUUUAGCUUUUCCUUGAAAGACUAUUUAGCCGUACUGUUUCUGACAACUGCUUCAUAUCUGUGUUGAAUUGAACCCACACAGUCAAGUAUUUACUAUGAACGGAAAUAUGCGGUCAGAUUUUGAUGUCCCCCGUUUCCCUGAACUAUUUAUUAGUAUGAGCACUGUUUCACGGAAAAAUUUAGCUUUUACUGUGAAUCACUGAACACAAACUCGUUGCAUUGUUCUUCACUGAAUCAUUUCGCCACGUCAAAACAUUUUAUGAGAAUUGCUUCGCAUCUGUGUUACGUUUUUUUCUGUAUAAAGUGAAAUGCAUUUGCAGGUUUGUUUUUUGUUUAAUUGCAAAACCAAAAUUCUGAUGUAUAAUUCAUAUUUUACACCCGUGUGAAAUAUUUCUUCACCGACUCAAAAAUGACUACACAUUGCAAUUUUGUGGAUAAACA